GCGAUAGACCCGGAUAUCGGCGCACCCACCCGACUGGGAUGUUCCAGGAGUGACAUACGCAAUCCUCCAGGCUCAACAAGCUUCCUCUCCAGUGGUCGUUCCUUCUCACUGUUCUCCUCCAUGCCUCUCCACCUUUCCCAUCCCUCCUUCGUCCCAUCCGUCCCCUACUCCUACUGUACAUAGCAGUCCUUCUUCACCAUCCCUCCGUGUCGUGCCGUAACCUAAACUUCGUCCUACAUACGCUCGCUUCAAGGCCGACUUCCCCUCGCUUUUCCCAACUCUUCCCUCCUCCUCCUCCCCCCAAUCCCGCGAUCCCGCCGACCCUCCGCCAGUCGUUCCAAUCUCCCCAUCGUCUCCCUCUCUUCGCGCCGCUUCGACGACAUCUGUGGCUCCACUAAUUGUCCCAAUUUAACCCUCCCGUUGCUCGCGUGCGUGGGAACCAGCUGCUCCUUUCCAAGGGCCCUUUUGACGAUCUCUUCUCUCCCCGACUCUCGCUGCAGCAAACCACGUCAUCACCUACUACCAGGCCUCUUUGCUCACUUUCCAGCGGUCUUUGUGCGCCCGGUAACAUUACACGAAGGCCCAACCCGAAACCAAUUCUUUGCGACGAACAGCCAGUAGAAGCCCCCGUUGAACAAGCUCCUGUGCCAUCGCCCUUGAAUCCAAAUCACCCGACCGACAAGCCGACCGAGCUUCUCCCUCAACCACCAUUUUUCGAAGACUUGGUGUCAAGAUAACAUCAACAACUAGAUCUCUCGCUGCCCUCUUCCUCGCCGAGGCCAACUAGAGACGCGACUCGCCCCCCUCGCCCCAAGGGGCCUCAACCUUCAAGAUGAGCACCGACGCCGGAAAAGAGCUGUUGGACCUGCUGAAGAACCCUUUCAGUUCUCAGCUCGCCAAGAACUCAGUCUGGGCUGCUCUGGGCACCUCACUUGGUGUCACUGUCGGUAUCGCCGUCACCUUCUCCUUUCUUCGACCGUACAACCAGUCCGUUUAUGCGCCCAAGUUGAAGCAUGCAGACGAGAAACAUGCUCCGCCGCCCAUCGGCAAGAAGAUCUGGUCCUGGAUCCCGCCGCUAUGGAAUACGACCGAGGAUGAGCUGGUGCACCAUGUCGGCAUGGACGCCACUGUCUUCCUCCGCUUCGUUCGCAUGUGCUUAUACAUCUUCGCGACCAUCUCCGUGUUUGGCCUCGGAAUCCUGAUCCCCACCUACCUCAGCACUGCAGAGAGCAGUUCGACCAAGGAUAGAUCCUGGAUCGACUUGAUUACUCCCAUUGCGGUAUGGGGCAAUGCGUACUGGGCACAAGUCGCAGUUGCGUACAUCAUCACCUUUGUUGUUAUGGGCUUCUUGUGGUGGAACUAUCGCAAGGUCUUGCGCCUCCGACGCAAGUAUUUCGAGAGCGAGGAGUACCAAAACAGUUUGCACGCCCGGACCCUCAUGAUGUACGAUAUCCCCAAAGCCAAAUGCUCCGACGAAGGCAUUGCGACCAUCAUCGACGAAGUUGUGCCGGCCUCAUCCUUUUCUCGCACCGCCAUCGCCCGUAACGUCAGGGAACUCCCCAAGCUGAUCGAGCAGCAUGAUCAUACCGUUCGCAAGUUGGAGGUGGUACUGGCGAAGUAUAUGAAGAAGCCCGAUCAACUCCCGGCUGCCAGGCCGAUGUGCAAGCCCUCCAAGAAGGACCCGUCUUUCGCGACGUAUCCCAAGGGACAGAAGGUCGACGCUAUCGAAUACCUGACACAGCGCAUCAAGGAGCUCGAACUCUUGAUCAAGGAGGUUCGACAGAGUGUCGACAAGCGAAGCACCAUGCCCUAUGGCUUUGCCAGUUACGCAGAUAUUGCUGAGGCGCACAACAUUGCCUACGCCAGCCGCAAGAAGCACCCGCACGGCGCAACAAUCACCAUGGCCCCGCGCCCGAACGAUAUUCUUUGGGAUAACCUGGUCCUGACACCCUCGAUUCGUCGGACGAAGCGUAUUGUGAACAACCUCUGGAUCGCGUUGCUUACCAUUGUCUGGAUCGCUCCCAACGCCAUGAUCGCCAUCUUCCUCAUCGACCUCAACAACCUCGGCAAGGUCUGGCCGGCGUUCCAGACGGAACUUCAAACCAAUCCCGAAUGGUGGUCCAUUGUCCAAGGUAUCGCAUCUCCCGGUUUGAUGUCGUUGGUCUACCUCGUCCUGCCCAUGAUCUUCCGUCGGCUCUCGAUGAAAGCUGGAGACCAGACCAAGACGGGUCGUGAGAGGCACGUUUUGGCCAAGUUGUACGCCUUCUUCGUGUUCAACAACUUGAUCGUUUUCUCGCUCUUCAGCACCGUCUGGUCGCUUGUGUCGGCCAUCGUGAGUGAAACCAGCGAAAAGAGCGUCGACGCCUGGCAGGCCAUUAUCGAUCAGAACUUGGCAACCACCAUCUUCACGGCGCUUUGCUCAGUCAGUCCCUUCUGGGUCACUUGGCUCCUCCAGCGCAACCUUGGUGCUGCCAUCGAUCUCGCCCAGCUUUGGAAACUCGUCUACAGCUUCUUCGUGCGCAAGUUCUCGAGCCCGACGCCCAGAGAGCUCAUUGAGCUUACGGCACCUCCCACCUUUGAGUACGCCUCUUACUACAACUACUUCCUCUACUACGCGACAGUUGCCCUGGGUUUCUCUGGCAUCCAGCCCUUGGUUCUUCCUGCCGCCGCGUUGUACUACGGAAUCGACUACUGGCUCAAGAAGUACCUCUUGCUCUACAUCUUCGUCACCAAGACUGAGUCUGGAGGCAUGUUCUGGCGCGUGCUAUUCAACCGCAUGCUCUUCGCCGUCUUCCUAUCAAACUGUGUCUUCUUCCUCAGCUCAUGGGCGCGAGCCGACUGGGCCUACCACAGCCAGGCCUUUGCCAUUAUCCCUCUGCCCAUUUGCUUGAUCAUAUUCAAGGUCGUCUGCUCCCGAUUGUACGACGACAAGAUCCAUUACCUCUCGACCACCAACGUUGCCAAGCACCCCGAGGCCGGCGUGAUGAAGGAAACCCGCCUUCGCAGUGAGCGCCUGGCUUCGCGUUUCGGCCACCCGGCCUUGUACAAACCUCUCAUCACUCCGAUGGUGCACCAGAAGGCCCAGCCUUACUUGCAUGUCGUGUAUAAGGGUCGCCUUUCGGACGGAAGAGAUGUCAACACUGGCGACAUGAUGAGUGUUUCUGGAUACUCGGACAUGUACGCGUUGGAUCCCAUGAAGUCUGGCAAGCCUGGCAAGUCAGCCGGUAUCCCCGGUUUCGAGUUCGUUUCCGAGUCCAACCUGGACUUCGAAUUCUACAAGAACAGGGCGGAAUUCGCAGAGGAGCAUGGCCAAGGCGACAUCUUUGGACGGGAUCCUGAUAUCAUGCGCCCCGGCACCCCUGGAUCAAUGUCCGAUUUCGGCUCUCGCCCCGGAACGCCCACGAACGCUGCUUUGCAGGGCGGCAUGACAGGUCAGCGCCGCGACAUGUCCGGUUCUAGGCCUACUCCGCCUGCCGGGUACAUGUCGCCAACGGGAAGCGGCCGUCAGUCCCCUACCAUGGGACCGCCCCAAGCUGGCUUCGCUCAACAAGCGACCAUGGGCGAGCGGUCCCGUAGCCCCCUGUACACCAUCAACAGCAACGGCAGCGACACGGCGCUCGUGAGAAAUGCCGCGGGUAUGCCAAUGAGCGCACCCACGGGUGGACCGAGUGUUGGUGCUCUGGGCGGCGGACCGAGGGGGUAUAGUGGACUCCCUCAGGCUGACGCCGAGACGCCCGACCCGGAUCCGACCCAAUACGACUACUUCCGUGGGUCAGCAAGGCGGCGCCAAAACGACCAAUGGUAGUUGAUUGAGAAGGUGUCAUGAUUGGUUUUCAAUUUUCUUUUUGUGUUGUGAGCGAUGGUAGAGCGAAGGGUUGCCUCGCGGUCCGGGAUCUGGUCUCCAUGUGAUGGCAUUGCAUUCUCGGCGUUGAUUUGAGAGAGGGGUGAGUCGAAGAGAGGCUCUCCCAUGGGUGGACCGCGGGCUGUGAGCAAUGGGGUCAUCCCGUCAUCUCGACCGGGCCCUGUUUGUACUUUUUUCCUUAUUCAUCAAAAUGGUAAUGAUCAAAGAGACGAGACAUAGACUGAGGAAUUGCGUGGGACGUUGGUACAUAACGCCGGUCUCCCUCGAGCACUAUUUCCCCCUGGCGCGAUGCUGGUGGGAAACAGAUUAUAGAUUUAAUGAGUAACCCCUCCGCAUUUUUUGUUCAA